AUAACUUCAAUCUACAACUACAUCCCACACUUUUCAAUCUUUUUAACGUUCACCAAAUAAAUCUAUCAAAAUGGUUUUCGGCUGGGGCGAAUCUCAAGAACACUACGACCAAUACCAAAACCAAGACACUGCCAGUCUCGGUCAUGAGGUUCUCGCAGGAGGUGCUGGUUUCGCCGCCAUGAAGAUGUUCGAGGACAGACAACGCAAGGAGGGAAAGCCAGUCUCCCACGCUUUUGCUAAGGAGCUUCUCGCCGGUUUCGCCUCUGCUGAAGUCGACAAGUUGGCUGAGACCAAGGGUGAGGACUGGGUCCGUGAGCACAGAAUGAGAGAAAAGUCAGAGGAACAAGCCACACAUUUGUAUGAUCAACAUUAUGGCCAGGAUGAACAAUAUGACCCAAACCAACGUGGUCCCCCAGAGCACUUCAACAACUACAACAACAACUGGUAAAUUAACAAUUGAGAGCACGGAAUCGAUCGAGGGUAUCAGAAUUGAUAGUAUGAUGAAUUGAUGGGAUUUCUGCUGUCUCAAUUAGGGGAUUGCCGAUGAUGAUGACGAAUUUUAUAUAUAUAUAGCAAGCAUGGCUUUUUAUGAUGGAUGAUACCGCCUGGCAGAAGCUUAGGUUCUCCACAGAAUAUAGUCUCAAUCGAAAUAAAAGGAUUUUGACCAACA